GACGCCAGAGGGACAAGAUGGAGGAGUACGCGCGCGAGCCGUGCCCCUGGAGAAUUGUUGAUGACUGCGGUGGUGCCUUUACGAUGGGUGCCAUUGGUGGUGGCAUUUUUCAGUCCAUUAAAGGUUUUAGGAAUUCUCCAGUGGGAAUGCGUCACAGACUGAGAGGAAGUAUGACCGCAGUUAAGACCAGAGCUCCACAAUUGGGAGGGAGCUUUGCAGUUUGGGGCGGACUUUUUUCUAUGAUUGACUGUGGCAUGGUGAAGGUUCGAGGAAAAGAAGAUCCAUGGAAUUCUAUAACCAGUGGAGCCCUAACAGGCGCCAUAUUAGCUGCAAGAAAUGGUCCAAUGGCAAUGGUAGGCUCAGCUGCUAUGGGAGGUAUUCUACUUGCUUUGAUUGAAGGAGCUGGAAUAUUGCUUACACGCUUUGCUUCAACACAAUUUCCAACUGGUCCACAAUUUGCAGAUGACCCUAACCAACUACAGCCUCCACCAUUUAGCGACUACAGACAGUUUCAGUGAGAAAGCUAAGAUCAGUGUAUUUGUGAAUGCUGAAAGACUACUGUCAUCAAGAAAGAAAACACUGGGAACUUCCUGUGAACAACAUACUUGCAAAUAUGUAGUCAUUGGAUGUAACCUAUCNUUUUUUUUAGCGCUGUUGUGAAGUAUUGCAGGGUUAAUGUGGUUAGCAAAGGCCAUUGGAGCAAAGCUAGCAUUUAAAAUGUAUAAAAUGGUUUUCUGCCAGUGACCUUGUAAUAUAUGUAUAUACAGUAUAUGCCAUUAUUUUAUCUUGGUAUAAAGGCCUUUUAUCUGAGUAGAAUUGUUACGUGGUCUAAUGUUAUUUUCUGUGCCUGAGUUUUCUCUAAAAGAGUAAAAUUGUAAAUUGAAUG